CAGUCAAUAUUAGCUCUCUAAGGUGGAGCUCGGUUACUGCAGGGAGAUAAUUCUUAAAGUUUUUCACUUGGGAGUUUCUUGGUCCAGGAGGAACUACACCAGCCAUGACGUGGUGGCUGAGUGCUGUGGUAAUUUGUAUGUGUUGUGUAGCCAGGAUCGAGUCCCAGUCAGGACAACAAGCCCAGCAUGACGUCAUAUUUCUCAUCGACGCCAGUGAGACGCUGGGAGAGGGCAACUUUCGGACGAUGCUGCGUCAAAUUAUGACGUCAUAUAUCGAAUCAUGGCCAGUUGACGACCAAAUGGUAAAGAUCUCAGUGAUUGUGUUCUCAACGACUUUGUAUGAGAUUCCGAUGACCGGAAACCUGACACUUUUGGAGGAGAGGAUUCUGGGAGCGCCGUACGAGGGCCAGUACGCCAACACAGACUUGGCGUUUGAGAGGGCUCGACAAGUGCUCAAUGAGAGUAGGUCACCGAGCAGACAACAACACGUGAUCCUGGUCACUAACGGAGUGGCCAGGUACCCCAAGGAAGCUCGGAAGGUUACCGAUAGAUUACACAGUGAGGGCGUUGAUGUAUGGACUGUCGGCAUUGGCAGCAGAAUCAGCAUGUUGGAAUUGCUGUCUUACACGAGAAAUGUUUCUCAUGUCGUAACUACCCCGUCGUUCGAUGUGCUGCCUAGUCUUAAAAUUGGGAUUUCUGGAUCAUUGAAAGAUGUGAUCAUAUUGGUGGACUCUAGCCGAUCUAUCGGUGAAGAAAGUUACCGUAGGUUGCUGAACUCUGUCCUACAGACUUACAUAGAACCAUGGAUGGCUGCAGAUAAACUGCUGGACGUGGGGGUCAUCACAUUUUCCAACACACCUGAGGGGAUUAACCUGACACGUAACGUGACGUCACUGAGGGAGCGGGUGCCGGUCGCCAGCUACGGGGGGAGAGGCACCAACACACACUUGGCGUUCGACAUGGCGCGCUCCAUGCUACAGGCUUCCAGAGUUCCAGGCAAGCAGCAGACUGUCUUAGUGAUCACAGACGGGGUGUCUAGACUUCCGUACGAGAGCAGAAAGUCGGCGGAGUUGUUGAGAGCCGACAACGUCACGAUAUGGGCUGUGGGGUCAGGGGUCAACAUCCGGGUCACGGAGCUGGUUUGGUUCACGGGGAGCGAGACACGGGUUCGAAUCUCAACCAGCCUGGAUAAUCUUCCCUUCGUUCAGAUUUGAGAGAUACAUAAGAAGUCAAAAUCGUACACCACAGGAAAGUAAUGAAGACAACAAAGUUCCGUCGUUAUAAAACAAAUCUGUAUUAGUCACCACAAAAACAGGCGAACACAACCAAUAAUCAAAUGUAAAAAUAAUUACCUACAAAAAGAGGUGUAUACAGAUAUAUUUAAAAAAA